AUGGCAAUCGAGAGUCUAACCUCGAGGAAGCAUCAGGAGCAUGGCGGGCUUAUAAGCCUCUCGGCUAAUAGUUCCCAAGCUCUGAUUCCUUUGACGCAAUUGUACAAUCCCCCAUCCCAGCACAAAGUGCAUGCAAGAGCAGACUGGGUCAUUGAGCAAGUUCGGCAAUGGUUGUACCCGCACCUUGAGCAAUUGGGCGCUGAGAAGCUCAUCAAGGGAAUCGUCAACGAGACAGCGUCCAUGUGCUCCUAUCUCUACCCAAACGCCGACGAUGAAGGAAUUUUUCUUGCCACGGGGUUCAUGACGCUUCAAUUUGUCAAUGACGACAUCUUUGAUAGUGCUGCUAUUCUCAAGGCUAUCCAGGCGACUGCGUCGGGACAGCUUUUGGCCAGAGAUCUCCAGAAGCUGCGCGACACUCCAAAACGGCUUGCAGACGGGAUCGUGUGUGCGGCACGUAUAAUAGAGAAUCCCAACGCAUAUGAAGAGUGCCACGAAAUAAUUUCGGACUUGAAUACAGAUCCGUUUCUGUUGGGGGCUAUCUACGAGCUUUCGACGCGCAUGCAUAUCCGCGGCCGACAAAUCAAUGAGGAGCGCUUUAAGGUCUGGCUUGGCAAGUUUUGUGCUGCCAUGAGCGACUUUGGCAAGUCUCAUGCCCUGAUCUACAGCGAAGCCAAGAACAUGACUGUCGAAGAAUACGCAGACCAUAAACUGCGGAAUUCUGGAAUGAUCUAUACCGUUCUCUUCGUCGAGAUGGCAAUGGGUACUUUUCUCUCAGGAGAGCACAAUGCCAUGCCGCGAAUCCGUCAGAUGCAGCAGCAUUGCGAAAAGAUUGGCUCAUUGCUGAAUGAGAUUUUCUCAUAUGAGAAAGAGACGUUUUUGGAGGAUAUAAAUAAUCUGAUUGCCGUGCUUGUACAUACGCAGAAUAUUAGCUUAUAUGAGGCUGCACGACGAGUCGCGGAAAUGUCACAGACACAUGCGCAGGAGGUCAAGCGCAUUCGGACUGAGAUUAAAGCCGAGCGCGAUGAUGAUAGUGGAGAGAACACUGGUCUAAGAACAUACGUCGCGGACAUGGAGUUGUUUGGCGCAGGGUGUUGGUUCUGGCAACUUCAGGGCACGAAACGUUACUUCUCCAAGACGUCGCCGUUUGCUGAGCUGCGGCUGGAGGCAGAAGCUGAGAAGACAUACUAA